CACAGCUCAUCCGAAAGUCGAAAGACCUCCACCGAACGCAAUGUUGCUGCCCGGUUUACUCUUCACUAUGGCGGCCCUCUUCCGGUCCGUCCAGCCGGAUGGAAUCUCCGACGUCACCUUCCAACGGGUUCAGCAAACCAUCGGAUUCGAUAUCAUGAAGUCGAACCUGCGCAUCACCAAGCUCAACCGGACCUGCGCCGUUAUGAACGGCACCAUGAACUUCUUCGUGAACAUGGACAAUCGCUUCACGUUUCAAAUUAAAAGUGCCUACAGCCGCCUCGGCAACAACCAAUUCAACGAGUACCCGAUGAAGAUCCCCGAGCAACCGUUCUGUCAAUUUCUGAACGACAGCUACCGGGACUAUCAGGAGCUGUUCAAACAAACCACCAACCUGCCGCAGGUAGAUUCCGGGGGCCACUGUCCGUUGCCGGCGGCGAACUAUUGGUUCAAACACGUUGUGGUGAAACCGAAAACCAUGCCGCAGAUGAUCCCGGAAGGCUACUGGCGGCUGACGGUGCUGUUCACCGGACCAGAGGGUGAAGCCGACCUGCAGCUGUUCCUCAGGGUGUCCAAGGAGUCGUACUUUUAA